UCACAGACCCAGAUCAGCACAAGCAAAAGGGGACUCAGCCCAGGGGAGAGAAGGUCGCCAGCAGUGCUCUGUCACUGUGGACGGAGCACAGAGCACUGGGAUCCUUGCCACAUUUGGGGUUGUGCUGAGGGCCUGCAAGGGCCCCCCUGCGGAUUGAAACGUGUGGUCCCGCCAGCCAGACGGUAGGCAGCACACAUUGCAGCACGAUGUCAGCUCAGCGGACGCUCGCCAGCACUCUGCGGAGGCUGGGCCAGGAGCGCCAGCUGGUCGACUUCGUCCUCCGCUCCCAGAGCAUCGCCAAUGAUGCCUCAGCAGCGGAUGCUGUUCCUGCUGCUCUUGGGGCCACUGACCAGAGGCGCUCAGGCUCGCCGUUCCGGGGGGGGCUGUUUGAUCUUGGGGCGUCCGGAAGCGAUGAUUUGGAACCAAUAGGACAGUCGCUGUUCGGAGACAGCGCUGGGGGGGGUUCCUGGUGGACGAGCCCUGCCGCCCCUGCUCCCACCGCUCAGCCCGUCCCCAGCCUCUCCCAAAGCUUUGCUGAGCUCAACAGAGCCGCCGCCUCCGCCGCGCCCCGCCCCGUAGAGAGGCCUCCCCAGGUCACGCAGAGCUCUUCCCUCAACCGCUUCAUAACUCCCAUGCUGCAUGGCUUGGGGGGCGCUGCGCCCGCAGCAAUCCGGGGGGGGGCGGAAGGCACUUUCGGACAGCCCCAACCGAACUGGCUCUUUCAGGAGGCGUUGAUGCAUAUGUCCGCUCUGAGCGAGUGGCAGGGGAGGGAAUUUGGAAAGGGGAUGCUGCGCUCGCUGUACAGCGAGAUGGGGGUCAGCGACGUGGACACGCGGAGCCGGUAAUUGCUUUUGCAUAUGGUGGAUAGAACUGUUUUGAAGGCAGAAAACGAAAGUGCUUUCUAGUGGCGUAAGGUGGAUGCCAGCCAAGCGGUUUCAAUGUCAUGCACGCAAUGGGAAAUCAACAACGGACGGUUUUUAAGACCUUACAAUUUUCUAAAGGGGGUUGAUGGGUGGUGUCUUCAAGCUCUGUAUAUCUGGGGUGUAUGAAGGAGUUAGGAGUCGAGGCGUUUUACCAGGGAGCCUCCAUUGUUGGUCGGACCAGUCAGUUCGCCACAAUUGAAGGGGGUAAAGGGAGCAAAAGCGACCCUCAAAGUAGUACUACAUUGGUUCCUAGCACUGUGUGUGAGCAACGUUGAAGACACAACGUUGAAUGUAAAUAGAUGCCUUUAGGUUCAGGUUCGAAUAACCUCACUGUCUCUUUUCGCACUUUCGCACCUGCUUUCUGCGUUCCCUUUGCUUGAUCCUCAGCAUCCUGGUAAAAAUCAUUG